AUGAAUUGUUGCAGUGUAACGCAAGGAGCAUGGAACGAUCUGGAGGAAAUGAAAUAUUUGCUUUGCGCCAUCGAGUGCUGCAAGUGCCCUAGUGUACUACCUCCACCGACGUGUUCUAUUAUACUACCACCGAGAAUCGAGGAACUGUGUCCUGUUGUUCCUCCCCAAAGACCCUGUUGUCCGCCUCCUCGUUGUCCACCAACUCCUUCUUGUCCACAAUCACGACCUUGUCCACCAUCUCCUCCUUGUUGUACGCCAUCGCCUCUUUGUUGCAAAAUACCUAUAGUUCCUGGUCCUGCUUGCUUCCCGCCAUCAAUAUGUGCUCCACUUCCAUCGAGAUCCUGUUGUCUACCUUCUCCAUUGCCUUGCUACCCAAGUGAGCUGUUCGCUCGACAUGUCAUUGUCAAUAAACCGACUGAUCUUGGCGAAUUGAAUCCUUACUAG